CCUAGCAGCUCCACGCACCCGGGACUCCUGGUACCGCCAGAACCCCAGGCCUCACCCUCGCCCCUGCCCUCGCUCGCGACGCCCCCUCCGGAGCAGGCGGCCGCAGCCGCGGGCUCCCCACCACCCCCGCCCCACAUGGGGACCCUGCUGCCCGGUCCAUCCAAGUGGCGGAAGCCCCCGGGCACGCCGGUGCCCCGGAUCCGCGGCCUGCUGGAGGCAAGCCAUCGCGGCCAGGGCGACCCUCCGAGCCUCCGCCCGCUGCCGCCACCGCCUCGACAGCCGAGCGAAAAGGACCCGGUCCCGAGAGCCCCGUUCCCGUCGCCGCCGCCCCCGGAGGCCCGGAAGCUGCCACCACCGCCGCCUUCCGACUGGCAGCCCCCGGAGCGCAGAGUCACUCCCGCCCAGGCCACGCCGGCCGCGCCCC